AUGUAUCACUUGGCCAAGUCAUUAUAUCUUUAUGCGACCAGUAAAGAAGAAUACUCCGUCCUAUUGUUAGGUCUCGAUAAUGCCGGCAAAACCACCCUCUUGACCCAGAUCAAGGCCUUGUAUCAACCGCGAGCAGAUGGCGCGCCCGCCCCCGGACCCAACCCCAGCAAGACCGUGCCUACAGUAGGCCAGAAUGUCUCAACCAUCGCCUUACCGGAUAUGAACCUCAAAAUUUGGGAUGUAGGCGGUCAGAUAAGCAUGCGCGGCCUCUGGCAGAGCUAUUAUACCAGCUGUCACGCUAUUAUCUUUGUUGUCGAUAGUGCCGAUGUAGGCCAGGACCCUGAUAUCACUCGACUCCCCACCGCAGCCGGACGACGCCCUAGCUCAGUCUCAGUAUCGGGUACAUCACGUGCGAAUUCAGAUGGCAGGGAGCUAUUCUCGGAACAGAAUGUUGGGAUUAAUGCUUCAGCCGCGGAUUUCGGCCGUCUCGAUGAGUGUCGCCAGGUGCUUGAGGAAGUUUUACAAAAUGCCGAUGUGGCGGGUGUACCUAUUCUGGUUCUGGCCAAUAAACAGGAUCGUGAGGAUUGUGUCGAGGUCGUGAGGAUUAAGGAGGGCUUCGUAAGGAAGGUAUUUGAAGGUGAUACGGGGUCUGGGGUGAGAGAUAGUCGUGUGCUGCCGGUCAGCGCGCUAUUGGGGUCUGGAGUGCAGGCGGCUGUGGAAUGGGUGCAGAGUCGUGUUAAGUGGAAUAAGGAAGGUCGACCACCGGUAAUGCGGUAA